AUGGAAUCUGAGAUGAGCAUGGUGGGAGAGUUAAACUACUUCCUAGGAUUUCAAGUGAAACAACGGAAAGAUGGGAUAUUCAUUUCUCAAGAGAAAUAUGCCAAAAAUCUUGUCAAAAGAUUAAGUCUAGACUUUAAGAAACAUACUUCCACUCCCAUGAGUUCCUCAGCAAAACUGAGCUUUGAUGCAGCCGAUGUGGACAUAGACCCAACACUCUAUCGAAGCAUGAUUGGCAGUCUUCUCUAUCUCACUGCAAGUAGACCGGACAUCGCUUUUAGUGUGGAGGUAUGUGCACGAUUUCAGGCAGCUCUAAAGGAGUCCCACUUGACGGCAGUCAAGCAAAUUAUUCGCUAUAUCAAUGAAACAUCUGAUUAUGGAAUUUGGUAUUCAAGAGACUUAAAUGAGUGCUUGGCUGGAUAUUCAGAUGCUGACUGGGCUGGGUGCAUUGAUGAUAGGAAAAGCACUUCCGGUGGUUGUUUCUAUUUUGGAAAUAACUUGAUGUCUGCCACCAAGCAUUCAGCGUCCAAGAAAUCCUCCAAGCGUGCUCGCACAGAUUCUGACAACUUCAAGUCUGUUGAAACAGACAUGGCCUACAACAACUGCUACAAGUGA